GCGCUUACCUGCGUCUACCUGUGCCUCACUCUCACGCCUCAACUACAACAGCCGCAACUUCGAAUCUUAAACAUUUGACCGAGUUCCCCACUCCAAAACCGGUCUUAUUACUAGCAAAGGAGAACGGACUCCCACUCUGGCGCCCAGGACCAUAUAAAGAGCCAAUGGUUGUUCCUGCCUUCGGUUUCUCCGUGGGCGAUUUCAUCGCCGGUACCAACCUUCUUCUUGACGUGCUCUCUGCUUUCAGAUCUGCAGACGGCGCCUCAUCGGGCUAUGCAUCGGACAUCUCUUUUCUAUCGUCACUCACUGCUACGCUCUCCAGAAUCGAAGAGCACACUCAGAAGUACUCUCAAGAUGAGACCACUCGAGACAUUACGAAGCUCGUCGUUCUUUCGCAAAGGCCGUUGAUGCAUUUCAAGGCGUUUUUGGACAAGUACGAGAAUUCUCUUGGGGCCGCAGGCUUCGGAAAAGGACCAAAAAGAUCCGCAAAAAAAGGAGUGGGUGUAGUGAGGUACACAUUGGCGCAGAUAUCUGACGAAGUUGGUAAGCUAAAGGAGGGGGUCGAGCGCCCGUUGGGACAGAUACAUGUGCUUCUUUCUUUACAGAUCUUGUAGGUCUCUCAAAAGCAUUAUGGUCACUUUGUGUUUGAUACAGACGUUUUACUGAUAGAGUCUAUAGCAAGCGGCUCGACGAAAGUAAAGAUCAAAUACUCCGUCCAUCCCAAUGCGCACAGAUUGUAGAUGCUAU